UCAGUUUCGCGUUCGCAGAGCAGACAGACAGUUAGCAUUGUGCUGUGUGCUGUACGAUUGUUGAAAUUAUUCCUUUUUAAUGUACGUUGUUGUUGUUGUCUGUUGUCAGUGCUAGUGGCGCGGCCUUUCGGUUUAGUUGAAGUUUAGUUUACGUUAGUUAGGACAGUAAUCUCCGAUGCGAAUGGAUUCGACUCAUCCUCCACCGUAAUCAAUCGUAUCGAUUUCAAAGUACGCACAGUGAAACAGUGUUGUUUGUAUGUAUUCUUUUUUUUUUUUGAAAAAAGAGAUGAUCGUUGUGAAAAGUGGUGCAGAGAAGCACGAAGAACACAAGAAAGAUAUCAAACCUUACAACAUCAAAUAGGAAUCACCGCAUGCCAAGGAAGAAGGGUAUACAGGGAAGGAAAAACGGAAUGUGAGAAGCCGAAAGUUAUUGAAGAAUGAUUGUUUCAUGUCAUUCACACGGUGCAUUCAAGACACUCAGACGGGCUAAUUGGCGGACUGGAAUUCCGUUGAUGGAUAACUAGAAGAAGUAGUGCCUAAUAAAUUUUAAGCUGACCGGUGGUGGUGGUUGAACUAGUGAAAAGAAAGGAAUCAUUUUACCAAAGAUUUUCGCUGCAUCCUAUGCUGGAAUCAGAUGGCCUUUUCUGAAUAGUUAGAAAAAAUAUUUCAAUGUUAGGAAGAAAGUUUCGAUAUCAGCGGUCCGACCAUGAUUUCAUUAAUUGGUGUUGCGAAAAUUGUCCUGCUUUGUUUCGUAAUUUUAUUUUUGAAAGUGAAAUUGUGUAUCAGUUUUGUUCCUACACGAAGAAGCAUUGGUGAUAGUGCCCAAGGCGGCGGUGAUGAGUCACCACGGGCUGCGCUAGCCGGAAAGUCGGCUGCUCUGCAGCUAAAUACAUCGAUGAUUAUUAGCAGCUUCAUGAAUUAUAGUGCCAAUAAUAAUCUUCACCAACACGCGUUCGCGCCGUCUGCGGCACACCACGUGCGCCAUCAGAAGCAUCGCCAUGUGAAGAAUCAGCCAGCCAGCACAAGCAAGGAGGUGCGAGCCCUUCGCGCUUUGAACAGAAACGACCAUUCUGAAGUAGCCAACAAUCGACUUAAUGUUCAUCAUCAUCAUCAUCAUCAUCAUCAUCCGUCAAUUCACAACUAUCGGCGAGUAUCCCACGACGCCGGCAGUAAAACCCACAGGCAUCCUAGUAACGGCAACGGGCGACUGCAUAACCUCGGUACCGGCAAUCCAUCUUCGCUGGCGGCAACGCCAGAUGAGCUCAAGACAGUACGGCCUGAACACGGUAAUUUAAGUCACGUAAACAAAAGGCCAAACAUAAACAAUCGGACAGCAUCGCAGCUUCGACGAUCUCACUCGUACUCGUACACAACUGUAUCGCCUGCACCAGCGGUGCAGCCGCCGCAUAGACUGAGAACUAAUCAGAACGCCAUUGCCACCAAUAGAAAAAGAACAACAAGCGCUCACAGCAAACGAUACUUUCAAGCACUGCUCAAUAGUUAUAGGCAAAAUUCCCCAUAUAAUAAAAAGCAGAAUAGAAUUGAUUCGAAUUUAAUGACUAAAUCGUUAGGCCGAGCAAACGGUAGCAACAAAUGCUGGGGGACUAAUUGUAGCAGGGCGGGUGUGCAGCAGCAGCAUCGGCACCACAUUGAUGAGGAUGAGUAUGAUUACGACGAUGAUGGUGAUGAGGAAGAUGAUUAUGAUGAGGAUGAUGAUGAGGACGAGGAACAGGAGCAGGAGCAGGACGAGGCCGAGGAUGACGGCGAUGGUCACGACGGUGAUAAUAGCGUAGGUGAUGGAGAAGUUGAUGACCGUAAAAAUUCUAACGGAGAUAAUGAUGCUAGGAAACAUGUCGAAACACAAGGUGAUGCUGGAUACGGUAUGACCAUAGUUAACGGAAGUGCAUUCAAACAUAGCCAUAGGCCGACUGUUAGGGGCAAGAAGGGCAGUGGAGAAUUAAAACAAGACCAUCAGGAUAUUUCCUCUGCACUUGCUUUCACCCAAUCAAGACCUUCCUUUGUACAGACGACAACGGAAGGAAGAAAAAUUUUGAAGCAUUCUCAUCGAAUGGAUAUUUCCCGGCUGGCGUCCCAUCACGCCAGCAAGAUUCGACAGGAGGGUUCCUGCUCGGUUCCGCAGCCCAAGAUGGUACCGGCAUCGAACGAUCCCACCAAACAGUACACACCGCACUGUACGAUUCUGCAUCGUUGCGGCGACGAUGUCGGCUGUUGUCUGCCAACGCAAACCUGCGCAUCCUCGAAGAACACCACCAUUGAGCUGUACUUUUUUGUUCAAGCGGUAGGGUCAAGAUCAUCAAUCGAAAGACUGAGUUUUAUAAACCAUACCGAGUGCGCUUGCAUCAAUCGGCACGAAUCAUCGGUGGCCGUUCAUCCGGUGGCAAUUGCUGGCUUAUCAUCGGGCACGGUGCCUGUGCCUGUGUCGGUGGCGGCGGCGGCACCGAAUUGCACUUGCCCUGCGCUGUUUCAGCGAAUGAUCGAUAACGACAAUCGUUGCCGGUGCGAUUGCUCAUCGAGCCACCCGCAGUGCGAUCGGUUCAAGCACGGUUUGGAACAUUUUUCCAUGGAAAAUAGGAGGUGCAUUAAGGAUGGACGAUGCCACGAGCCUGUUUGCGAGUAUGGACACUACAACAAGGCGAAAGGAAAGUGUCCCACUAGAGAGGAUAAACUGAGCUAUUCCUACAAAGGUUAGGCGUGCUACCUUUGAGGGAGUUCUAUUUUUAUUUACAGUGCUGUAAAUACUGUUCAUCAUAGUGGUGCAACAAAAGCGCCUUGAGAUUCCUAUCUGCCAUAUUAUAAUCACUGAUUUUAUGGGUAACUUUACCGAUCUGAGAAAGAAUGGACUGUAUACGAAUUGUAGUUUUGAUGAUGGAUCUAUUUAUUUCGAUGCUAAGCAUAUUUGAUCAAAUUUUAAGUAUGCCUAACUGUGCUAAGUGAAUCGUGUUAAGAUUAAUUUAGGCAAAAUGAUAAUAUAUUAUACA